AUGGAAGAGACUAAUGACAGCAACGACUCUAUCACCACGAAAAUAGAGGUUGCUACGCAUGGUGACGUUAUUCUUGUGGUCGGUCCGCACGACAAGAAGAUUCGCGUCUGUUCCUCCGUCCUCAAUAAUGCGUCGAAGGUUUUCAGCGUUAUGUUUGGACCCGACUUUGCCGAAGGCCAAAAUCUGGAUAGUCAUGACCCCAAGGAGGUCCCCAUGCCAGACGACAAUGCACACGCCUUAGAAAUAAUUUGUAACGUUAUCCAUCUCCGGAACGAUGUAGUGCCACGGUCUCUCAGUCCCAAGGAUAUCUUCGAAAUCGCUAUCGCUGCCGACAAAUUCGAUUGCGUUGUUGCGUUGAGAUAUGCCAGCGCAGCCUGGCUGAACCCCAAGGGUGUUGAGAAUAUCUUGGAGUUGAGUUAUCUCAUGUCUGCCGCCUACAUUCUCGACGAUGCACAGGCUUUCGGUGAUAUUACACUCUCGAUGAUGCUCGAUCAUAAAGAUUCCUACCUCCCGCUCGCUGAUCAAGGUGCCGGUCUUACUGACUGGGUUCCUUGGAAGGUUCUCUGUAAGUAUCAAUUUUGCCAAAGGCUUUGA